AUGAAUUUAGCAUCUUACGCUCCCCUCAGUCUUGUGUUCCGCGCGGGCAGCUGGCCCAUUCCUGGCGAGCGGAUCCCCGAUGUCGCUGCCUUAUCCAUGGGCUUCUCUGUUGAAGAAGACCUUUCCUGGCCUGGGCUUGCAGUGGGUGAUCUGUUUCACAGACCACGAGCUACUGUGCUGGUAACAGUGAAAGGAGUAGACAAGCUGAUGUUGCCUGUGAAAGGGAUUUCUUACCCUAUUGAGAAUGCUGUUCCUUUCAGUCUUGACAGUGUUGCGAAUGCAAUUCAUACUUUGUUCUCUGAGGAAACUCCUGUGGUCCUGCAGCUGGCCCCCAGUGAGGAGAGAGUGUACAUGGUGGGCAAGGCAAACUCUGUGUUUGAAGAUCUUUCCGUCACACUGCGCCAGCUGCGGAACCGCUUGUUCCAGGACAACUCUAUUCUCAGCUCCCUUCCUCUCAACUCUCUCAGCAGAAACAAUGAGGUUGACUUGCUUUUUCUGUCAGAACUACAAGUCCUACAUGAUAUUGCAAGCUUGCUGUCUCGACACAAGCUUAGCCAAAGAUCAUUCUCCAGACCUGUAUUCUCUGGAACUGUCUGGUUUGGAAGAGGUUGGAAAGCGUAUGGGGAAGACUCUCAGCAGUUCAAGGACGCUUCCCAAAUUCUUGUAGACUCUUUGCAAAAGUUUGCAGAUGAGAUGUUUAAUCUGUAUAGUGGGAAUGCAGUAGUAGAAGUGGUGGCUGUAAAGACUUUUAAUUCUCCCCUCACGAGAAAGACUCGCUCCAUUCUCCAGUCUUCUUCACAGAGUGAAACAGAAAAUCCCUAUAACCUUGCCUAUCCAUAUAACUACAACUACUCUGUAAUCUUCAACAUUAUUCUGUGGAUGAUGAUAGGUCUUGCUUUAGCUGUGAUAGUCAUCUCCUACAACCUCUGGAACAUGGAUCCUGGGUAUGACAGCAUUAUUUAUAGGAUGACAAAUCAGAAGAUAAGAAUGGAUUGA